UCAUCAAUAGUUGAAUUGAAAUCAAUCGUAGCGGAAUUUUCCUCAAGUGAGAUUGCAUCACAAAACAUCAGUGUUUAAAUUAAAUACUUUCCAAUCACAAUGAUUUUCGAUUUAGUUGUGAUUGGAAGUGGUUCGGUGGGUUCGGCGGCCGCCUUUUAUGCGACAAAAGCUGGUUUGAAAGUGUUAGCAAUUGAUAGCGGUAAUCCACCACAUGAUCAGGCCAGUCACCACGGUGAGACACGUUUGAUUCGUCACGCAUACGGCGAGGGAUUGCAAUAUGUGCCAAUGGUGUUACGAGCCCAGCAACUGUGGUAUGAAUUGAAGCAGUUGGGUGGCAAGCGUAUAAUGCAUAAAUGUGGUUUAAUCAGUCUUGCUCCAGACGAUGGUAAAUUUAUUGGAAACGUGAUAGAGAGUGCUCGUAAAUAUAAUUUGCCUCUUGAAAUUCUGCCAUCAUCUGCGGUGAUGCAGCGUUGGCCCCAGAUAAAUAUGCCCAAUGAUUAUAUCGGUGUAUUUGAAGCUGAUUCGGGUUAUUUAAAAUGUGAGACUGCAAUUUCUCAUUAUAUACGUCUUGCUAAAAAAGCGGGAUGUGUUCAAUUGUUUAACACUUGUGUUACUGGUGUUAGUCGAGAUGGCGAGAUUGAAAAGGUUCAUACCGUAAGCGGUGAACAUUUCGGUCGUAAAGUUUUGUUCAGCGCCGGUACAUGGUUGACCAAAAUUUUACCAGAAUUGCCUGUUCAACCAGUGCGUAAAGUGUUCUCCUGGCAUCAGUCUGACGAUGAUUACAAUGAAUGCAAUCAUUUUCCCGGUUUCAUUGUCACAUUGCCAAAUGGGGAUAAUUAUUAUGGUUUUCCGGCGAAUGAGAAUGUACUUAAAAUUGGGAAACAUAACGGCGGACAAUCGAUAAAUAGCGCUGAUGAACGCAAACCAUUCGGUGAAUUUGCCGACGAUAACACUGAAGUGGUGGAAAUUUUAGGACAAUUUUUCCCGGGCGUUGGAGCAUGUCUUUUUGGCAAAUCAUGUACGUAUGAUUUGACGGCCGAUGAUGACUUUAUUAUUGAUACACAGCCAGGCGAACCAAAUCGACUCAUUAUCAGUGGAUUGAGCGGUCAUGGUUUUAAAUUUGCUAGUGUUUUGGGUGAAAUUGCAGCAACUUUUGCACAAGGAAAAUCAGUAUCAUUUGACUUAACACCUUUUGCAUUGGCACGUUUCAAACAGAAUAAAGCUUAGAAGGCUAUGAAGAGUUAAAGUUUUGAUUGUUUGCUUCAUUACCCUUAAUUUAGUUCCUUUGCAUUGAAACGAAGAAGAGAGAAAAUUAGCUCUAUGCAGCCGUGUUGUUUUUUCUCGCUUCUUCGACUCAAUGGAACUGAAAUAAGUUCAAGGAUGCAAUGGAAGUGACAUAUGCAGGGAGAUUCACAAGUGAAUAGUCUACAAGUUCAUAUAUGUCAAUUUCGCUUGAACAAAAUUGAAAACAACCAAAUGCCAUGGUUUGAAUUUAAAAAAGUAAGAAAUAAAAAUAAAUACUUUACAUUUUGAAUUA